CCCGAGUCUAACCUAGACAUCGCCUCACCGUCCCAAUAAAUUCUCCCGGUUCCUCACCUAGCUAGCCCAAUACGCAAAGAAGCUCCCGUCUCUCGUUUGCUCUUCCGCCGCCGCGUACGUCUUGUUGCUAGGGUUUCGUUUCGCCUCCCAAUCGUCUGAUCGAUGGCGGCCGAGGAAGGCGAGAAGAAGAUGAUCACGCUCAAGAGCUCGGACGGUGAGGAAUUUCAGAUCGAGGAGGCGGUCGCCAUGGAGUCGCAGACCAUCCGCCACAUGAUCGAGGACGACUGCGCCGACAACGGGAUCCCGCUCCCCAACGUCGACUCCAAGAUCCUCUCCAAGGUCAUCGAGUACUGCAAGAAACACGUCCAGGCCAGCCCCAAACCGGCCGACUCCGGUGCUGCCGCCGACGCCAGCUCCUUCACCUCUACUGCAGCCGCCGCCCCUGCCGAGGACCUCAAGAGCUUUGACGCCGAGUUCGUCAAGGUCGACCAGGCCACCCUCUUCGACCUCAUCCUGGCUGCAAACUACCUCAACAUCAAGGGAUUGCUCGACCUUACUUGCCAGACCGUUGCAGACAUGAUCAAGGGGAAGACCCCGGAGGAGAUCCGCAAGACUUUCAACAUCAAGAAUGACUUCACACCCGAGGAGGAGGCGGAAAUCCGCAGGGAGAACCCGUGGGCUUUUGAGUAGAGAAGAGAAGCAUUUAGUUAGGCACGGUUUCAUUGAAUUACUGCUUAGUAUUCAUCUUUUAUACUUCGUAUUAUGCAAGAAGAAACCUAUCGUGGUCGGUUGUCAUUAGUUCAUUACUUGUGAAACUGAAUUGUUAUUUGUCAAGUGGAUGUUUUGAUUGAUAACAUUAUCCUUAGCUGAUUUAUGCGUGUGAUUUGAGAUAUUUUUGGCUAACUUGAAAUAGCCAUAUUGUUUCCGAUUUUAUAUAUACAGAUUUGCUAAAGAUCUGUUGACAUGAUUUUCA